GGGGCGUGGCCUCCCAUUCAUGCCUCCCUUGGCCACGCCUCCUGGGGGCGUGGCUUGUGCGGGGCUUUCCCUUCAAAAGGGAGACCCCUGGGCUUUGGAGCAGCAGCAGCAGCAGCAGCACUUCCUUUGACAUUCAAGCAGGUUGUUAUUUUCUCUCCCCUUGAGAAGAAUCAGGACCUCCGUCGCCGGGCAUGGCAUCCGAGGAAUGUUCCCCCGCGCAGGGCGAGAAGCUGUACUCGGGGCGGCUGGUGGGCGCCACGGACCCGGUGCUGGAGGCCCUCAACUCCUCCAUCGAGGUGGACCAGCGCCUCUCCGAGGUCGACGUCCAGUCCAGCAUCGCCUACGCCAAGGCCCUCGAGAAGGCCGGCAUCCUCUCCAAGUCCGACCUCGAGAAGAUCCUCAGCGGGCUCGAGAAGAUCCUGGAGGAGAUCUCCAAGGGCGAGCUGGUCAUCGUCAAGACCGAUGAAGACAUCCACACCACCGUCGAGCGCCGGCUCAAGGAACUCAUUGGAGACGUGGCUGGGAAGCUGAACACCGGGCGGAGCAGAAAUGAUCAGGUGGUGAACGACCUGCGGUUGUUGCUGAAGAGCUCCAUCACCCUCUUGGUCACGCUGGUGCAGCAGCUCACCCGCACCCUCAUCGAGCGCGCCGCCACGGAAAUCGAGAUCAUCAUCCCGGGCUUCACUCACCUGCAGAAGGCCCAGCCCAUCCGGCUCAGCCAGCUCUUACUCAGCCACGCCGUGGCCUUGACCCGGGACUCGGAGCGUCUCCUCGAGGUCAAGAAGAGGACCAACGUCUUGACUCUGGGCAGCGGGGCCAUCGCCGGGAACCCCCUCGGCCUGGACAGGGAACUCCUCCGCAAAGAGCUGGACCUGGGCGCCAUCAGCAUCAACAGCAUUGACGCGGUGGGGGACCGGGACUUUGUGGUGGAGCUCCUCUCGGCCUCGUCGCUGAUCAUGAUCCACCUGAGCCGGCUAGCCGAGGACCUCCUCCUGGCCUCCACCAAGGAGCUCGGACUCAUCAGCCUCCCCGACUCACUCUGCACCGGGAGCAGCCUGAUGCCGCAGAAGAAGAACCCGGACAGCCUGGAGAUCAUCCGCAGCAAGACCGGACUGGUCAUCGGACGGACCGUGCAGCUCCUGGUGGUGCUCAAGGCCCUGCCCAGCGCCUACAGCAAGGACUUGCAGGAGGACAAGGAGCCCGUCCUGGACGUGGUGGACACGGUGAGCGCCGUCCUGCAGCUGGCCAACGUGGUCAUCUCCUCCAUCACGAUCAACAAGGAGGCCAUUGAGAAGUCCUUGACCCCGGAGCUGCUGGCCACCGACCUGGCCAACCUCUUGGUCCGCAAAGGGGUGCCCUUCCGCCAGGCCCACACGCUGGUGGGCAAGGCCAUCCAGCUGGCCGAGAGCAAAGGCCUCACCCUCACCCAGCUCUCCUCCGAGGAGCUCAAGAGCAUCAGCCCGCUCCUGAGCAGCGAGAUCUCGCAGCUUCCGAGCCCGCAGAGCAGCGUGGAGCUCAACACCUCGAUCGGGGGGACGGCCAAGAGCAGCGUCCUCACCCAGAUCGAGACCCUCAAGGAGAUCCUCAAGAAGCAGAAGGAGUGAGACCCCCACCCCGGGGACCACCCCGCGGGGGUCUUCCCGGCGGCAGCGGCACGUUUGUUGACCCCCCGCUCAUAAUCAAUAAAUACCGUGGUGUGUUGGAUUUCGCUCAGAAAAA